GUGUGUGCAGACUCCAGAGGUGGGAGUUGGAGUUGGAGGUGUGUGUGUGUCGGGGCGGAGGGUCAGUGAAUGAAGGGAUAAACGGAGUUUGUUUUGGAUGGGGGACAGCCGGGGGAAGAGCAGCAGAGGGAGCACAGACCGUGAGAGUCAGCGGCCAGUAAGCGACCAGACAGAACCACGACGAAUCCACGAUGUACUCCCAGCUCUGUCCUGACACCCUGCUGCUCAGCCUACUGCUCCUCUGCAUCCCUGCCACAUACACAGCAAAAUGUCCACCGCAGUGCAUCUGUGACCAGAUCCAGCUCACUGUGACCUGCGUCAACAAGAACCUGACCCAAAUUCCUCCCACUGUUGACGAGAUCACUGUGAAAUUAGAUGUUCGAGGUAACGACAUUCAAGAACUUCCCACCGGGGCUUUCAAACACACUCCCUACCUGACUCACCUGUCGCUGCAGCGCUGCAACAUCCACAGGGUGAAAGAAGGGGCUUUCCGCGGCCUUGGUCGCCUGGUCUUCCUCAACCUGGCCAGCAACAACAUUGACAUUCUCUACCAGGAGUCAUUCGACGGCCUGUCCUCGCUGAAGCAGCUUAUGAUUGACCGUAACCGCGUGGAAGAGAUCCAGCCCGGGGCUUUCUCUCAGCUUGGCUUCCUCAACCUGCUCUCCCUCACACACAACCAGCUGAUCUACAUUCCUAACAUGGCCUUCCAGGGCUUGCAGAACAUCAAAUGGCUUCGUCUUAGUCACAACUCACUGAACUACCUGGACACUGAGGCCUUUGCUGGUCUGUUCACGCUCACCCGUCUCAGUCUGGACCAUAACGAGCUGCAAUUCUUCCCCAGUGAGACCAUGACCAGACUGCCAGAGGUGACCCGUCUUGAUCUGAGCCACAACCCGAUGACCUACCUUGGAGAGGAGGUGGUGUCCAUGGCCAAACUGACCCACCUCUUCCUGGACCACAUGUCCCUGCAGGACCUGGCCAACUCAGCUGUAUCGAAAUCCCCCAACCUCAUCCACUUGGACAUCAGCUACAACCAGCUGCGUGUCAUCCAGCCCUUCUCUGAAGGUUCACCCAAGCUGGCACGCCUCAACCUUGCUGGAAACCCCAUCUACUGCAACUGCUACCUACGUCCACUCAGGGAGUGGGCAAUCCGUAGCAAGGUGAAGCUGAUUGGGACAUGUGGAGGACCGGCCCAUCUGUCAGGAGAAAGCCUGGAUGCCGUUCAUCCUCCUGAGCUGCGUUGUCAGAGCCAGGAGGCCAUGCUGAAGGCAGAGUUCGAGGAAGCAACCAGGAUCGUGCCACCACCCACUGUAGAGCCAGAGAACAAGGUCAAGUGUCCUGCCAACUGUGCCUGCGAGGCUGAGACGCACCACUCAUCGUGUGAGAACCGUGGCCAUACCAAAGUUCCACGGGGUUUCUCUCCCAACACGCGUCUCCUCGACUUGCGUGGCAACAACUUCCACUACAUCCCAUCCAAUAGCUUCCCCGGUGUUACCCAAGUCGUGUCCCUACAUCUGCAGCGCUGCAAGAUCGUGGAGGUGGAGGGUGGGGCUUUCAGUGGAAUGAAGGGACUGAUCUACCUGUACCUGUCGGAGAAUGACCUCUCUUCUCUCAGCCCUGAUGCUUUUAAAGGCCUCCCACAGCUGACUUAUCUCCACCUGGAGAAGAACCGCUUCACCACUUUUCCCAAAGGAGCCUUCAAACUGGUGCCUAGUCUGCUGGCACUUCACCUGGAGAAUAACGCCAUCACCAAGAUGGAACCAGACAUGUUGACCGGAGCUGAGGGCCUCAGAGCCCUCUACCUCACCGGGAACACCAUUGAUCAUGUGUCACCCAGGGGUCUGGACCAGGCCAAUGACCUCGAUACGCUUCACCUGGGAGGAAACAAGCUGAAGGGGGUGCCCACUGAAGCGCUGAGCAAAGCGCGAAACCUCAGAGACCUGCGGCUGUCGGGGAAUUCAAUUCGCUGGGUGGGGCCAAAUGCUUUUAGACCACUGGGGAGGUCACUGAAGGAGCUGUAUCUGGACAACAUGGGACUGGAGAAGAUGUCACAGAACUCCCUGGCAGGUCUGGGUCCAGGGUUGAGGAGUCUCUUCCUGGAAGGCAACCAGCUAGAGGAGGUACCUAACCUCCACCCUUUCACUUCUCUGGAGGUCAUCAACCUGGCCGACAACCCUCUGAUGUGUGACUGCCCUCUGCUGCCACUACGCAUGUGGAUUGAGAAAGUCAACCUGAAGGUACGAGCCACAUGUGCCAAUCCCCCUGAGCUGAAGGGCCGCAGGGUCAAGGACGUCCACAUCUUCAAAGCCUGUCCUGGGGGCGAGAGCCUCCCCUCCGGCCCUACUGUCACCCCAAAGCCCGCCAAGGCACCCAAGGCAACUAAACCCAAACCAAUGCACCUCAACAGCCUUCGGCAGGUCAAAAUGGUCAAAGCUAAAUCCAAACUUCGCCAAAGUCCCAACACAAAACCAGCAGCAGCCAAGAAAACCUCAAAGGGACGCAGCUUGGCCUGAUAUAGCAGCCUUUUGUACUAAUGUUGAGACCACAACUUCAAGUAAACUGGCAACUGAUUUUGAGGUUAAACCCUGGAUUCAACUCUCUAAAACUGUAACCUCUGCCGACUUUAAAAGCUUUAGCUGCUGAGGCUGUUUCACGUCUCCUCCCAGUCAGUUUUCAAUUAGUCAAUCUUGUGCAGUAUUUCCUCUUUGCAGUCGAAUCAAUGUGUUGAAAAAGGUCAAGAUUUUUUUUUUUUUUUAAAUCAUCCUGGGAACCUACACUGAGCACACGUUUUUUGUCAGCACUGCUCUCCUUCACAUUCACAGCAUUAGAUACACAUUCCCAGCUCGUCAAGCUCCAGAGCAGCGCUGUUGGAAGUUUUAGCAUCUUGAAAGAGGCUGUUGUCAUUAGCUUUAGCUAUUUGCUCAAUAAUGAUCCAAUCUUUGGCUUUAAGCUAGUUAUCCUUAACCACUAAACUGCAUAAUGUACUGAACUCACUCAAGUCCCAUUUUGUAAAGAUACCUUCAUACAACAAGCAUCAACAGAAAGUUGAGGAACAGCAUUUUUUUUUUUUAUCAGUGAUUUCAUAUUUACAAAAAAUAAUACAUCUGGAUAUAAAACAGGAAAAAAAUAAAACAUUACAACAACCAUUUGUCUGCUAUAUCAUCCCAGAAUGAUCAAACAUGAAGACCUUCAGAGUCUUAUUUACAGGUUUGUCUGACAACAUGGAGGAAGUGAGGUAGUUUUAAAACUGGUUAAGCUGGUCCUUGUGAAACAUAUGCAGUCAGUAAGGUAUUUAGAGUAUUUAAAUUUAUGACCCUUAAGAUGUUCAUAAAAUCAAACCCUGUUUUUAAUACUAUAUAGUCAGUAUUGCAGUUAUGUUCUAUAAUUACUUCUCUAUAUUGUAGUUUUUAUUGGUAGUGGCAGAGGCUGCCAUUCCUGCUCUGGAUUCAAACUGCCUAUCCAAGCCAAGACAUUCACAGGAAACAU